AUGGCUUCACAACAGUUCCUUACCGACGAAGAAAUCAAGAAGUUUAUUGACGACCUCGAUCACGACAAAGAUGGCAAUGUCGACUACUGGGAGUUAGAACGCAAGUUGGACCAAGUACAUAAAGAGAUAGCCCCCAAAGCGCAGCCACACAACCUACACCAUGGAUCCCGGGGCGACGAAGCUCGACAUGAGUUUCUUAGGAAUGUCAUUGGAACACGGGAAGAUUACAUCAACCGAGAAACCUUUACGAAAACAGUGAAGACGUGGGAGAUACCAUCCUUGGAGCAAGACCGGAAGGAAGCAAAAGAUGAGGAUGACUAUCUGAAGCAGGUGUCCCUGUACCGACGAGCGCGAGCGUAUUGGGCCGUUAAAGGGCCUGAGAUCAUGUUUCUCGCACUGGUUUUACUUUUGAUGAUUGGCUUUGGCGUCUGGCAAUUCGUCAAAUACCUGACCUUUGACCAGUAUACGCCUGCGUUCGGAUGGGGAGCAGUCUUAUCAAAGACAUGCGCUGGCGUGCUCUAUCCGACCUUCUUCUUCCUCAUUCUGUCCAUGUCAAGAUGGCUCUCGACAUUUCUUCGGCGCUUCUACUUCAUCUCGCGGUUCAUCAAUUGGGAUUUGUCCCAGAGUUUCCAUAUCAAGAUGUCUAUUGUCGCAUUGGUCUUUGCUACACUCCAUGCUAUUGGCCACCUCAGUGGCUCUUUUGUCUUUGGAAGUAUGGCUAGUCGACAGGGUGCAGUUGCCAAUGUCAUUGGACAGGACGCAGUGCCGCGCUCAUAUACUGAUUACCUUCAGUCAUUACCUGGAUGGACUGGUCUCACAUCACUCGGCUUGUUCUACCUCCUCGCACUUAUGAGUAUGCCUCAGAUACGAAAGUGGAGCUACGAAGUCUUCCAACUGGCUCAUCUGCUCAUGUUCCCCAUCAUUGGCUUCAUGAUGGCGCAUGGGACUGCGCACCUGCUGCAAUGGCCCAUGUUCGGCUACUGGCUCGCAUUUCCAACGCUUAUGGUGCUUUUUGAACGCAUCUGGCGCUUGGUCCUGAGUUUCCGUCCUAUCCUUGCGGAUCUCGAGUUGUUGGAUGAUGAGACUGUCGCAAUCACAGCGCAGGUACCCAAGACCCGUCCCUGGGACUACAAAGCUGGCCAGUACGUCUUUGUGCAGGUUCCGCAACUAUCCCGAUUCCAGUGGCAUCCCUUCACUGUUUCCACAUGCAUCAACAAUACCAUGCAGGUUCACAUCAAGGCUGAUGGCGACUGGACAAACUCGCUUCGUGAUCUAGCGAAGGAAGGAGGUCGAUCGACGAUCAAGAUAGGUCUUGACGGACCAUUUGGUGCACCUGCUCAGCGAUUCUACGACUUCGAAUACAGCAUGGUCUUUGGUGCUGGUAUUGGCAUAACGCCUUUCUCCGGUGUGCUUACGGACCUCCAGCAUCACGAGCUUGAGCGUGUCAAGUCUAGAGAUGACUCCCCAGAAUCAUCCGACGAAACCCCCAGGGAGCGUUCCCCGUACUCGAACCACCGCCGAGUCGACUUACAUUGGAUGGUGCGCGACAAGAACAAUCUCCUGUGGUUCUCUGAUCUACUGAAUGAGGUCUUUCGCCACAGGACAGACAGCCCGGAUCUCGACAUCCGUAUCAACACCUACGUAACCCAGAAACGCAAGCAAAUAUCGCAACACGUUUUCCGUUGGCUACUCGAGAAGCAUCGAACAGAUGAUCAUCCGCAGUCACCCAUUACUGGUCUUGUCAAUCCAACACAUUUCGGACGUCCAGAUAUUCGGGGUAUCAUGGAGGCACAUUACGACGAUAUGAGCAAAGUUUUGGCCGAUCGACUGAAUGAGAAAGACGGCAACAAAGAGGAUGAGAUCAAAAUCGGUGUCUUCUUCUGCGGACCGCCUGUCAUCGGUCAACAGAUUGCCGAUCAGUGUAGCGUGUUGAACGCAAGGGCAAGGAACGAGGACAGAAAGCUUGAGUACCGGUUUAUGAUUGAGCUAGCGGGAUAUGGAUUAUACGUGCUGCAUGAUGAGUUUGAAGGGUUCCAGACCGGUUUUCAAGAUGGAUUCAUCGCAAGUACUUCAUGGCAGAAGUGGAGCACGUGCCUUGGCGCUAGACCCGCGUUACCAAACGCCGACGUGUCGGAACCGUCAUUGACCGCCCGGAACGCUUUCACCCAACCACCCACGACUCCGUCUUUCUUAGUAUCGGCAUCUCGGCCACAGCGCAUCACGUUGUUCACCUACUAUAGCACGGUUCCUUGCUUCACAACCCAGACCCAACACACCAAAAGCCCCGCCCCUCACGCCCAGAGCACUGCUGCCACCUUCCGCGCAUACCCACUUCCGAUUCACACCAUGGCUUCAUCGGCUUCAAAGCGCCUUUUCAAGGAGUACCGCAUGCUCUCCAACGACCCGCCAGAGGGCAUCACUGCCGGCCCGGUCAGCGAAGACGACAUGUUCAUCUGGGAAGCGCUGAUCCAAGGCCCGGAAGGCACACCCUUCGAAGGCGGCGUCUUCCCCGCAGAAUUACGGUUCCCGAAAGACUACCCACUCGCGCCACCAAAGAUGAAGUUUGUAACCGAGAUGUGGCAUCCAAAUGUAUACCCCAACGGCGAGGUUUGUAUAUCGAUCCUUCACGCGCCCGGCGAAGACCCCAUGCACUAUGAACAAGCCUCCGAGCGGUGGUCACCCAUACAAAGCGUCGAGAAGAUCUUGAUCAGUGUCAUGAGCAUGUUGGCAGAGCCGAACGAUGAGAGUCCAGCGAACGUGGACGCGGCGCGGAUGUGGAGGGAGAAGAGGGAGGAGUACGAGAAGAUUGUGCGGACGAAUGUCAGGAAGAGUCUGGGACUGUAG